GCCAUCCUGUGGGUGUGGCGCACAGCGGAGUGUAAACUCUAGCGGGGCUGGAGCAAACCCUCGAUUAGCGGCAGCAGCCUGCCAGCCUGCCCGAGGAGCGUGAGGACCAGCGCGCGGCACAGCGACCGCACGAUGGCCUCGUCUCAAGGGAAGAACGAGCUGAAAUUCGCCGACUGGAUGGCAACUCUGCCCGAGAGCAUCCACAGCAUCCCCCUCACCAAUUUAGCCAUCCCAGGAUCUCAUGAUUCCUUCAGCUUCUACAUUGACGAAGCCUCUCCAGUGGGGCCUGAACAGCCAGAAACUGUCCAGAAUUUUGUCUCUGUGUUUGGAACUGUGGCCAAAAAGCUGAUGCGGAAAUGGCUAGCCACUCAAACCAUGAACUUUACUGGUCAGCUAGGAGCUGGGAUCCGUUAUUUUGAUCUUCGAAUUUCCACCAAGCCCAGAGACCCCGACAAUGAACUCUACUUUGCUCAUGGUCUGUUCAGUGCCAAAGUCAAUGAAGGCCUUGAGGAGAUCAAUGCAUUCCUCACAGAUCACCAUAAGGAGGUAGUAUUCUUGGACUUCAACCACUUUUAUGGGAUGCAGAAGUAUCACCAUGAAAAACUCGUCCAAAUGCUGAAAGACAUCUAUGGAAAUAAAAUGUGCCCAGCGAUUUUUGCCCAGGAAGUGAGUCUAAAGUACCUGUGGGAGAAGGACUACCAAGUGCUGGUCUUCUACCACAGUCCAGUGGCUCUGGAAGUACCCUUUCUCUGGCCUGGGCAGAUGAUGCCAGCACCCUGGGCCAACACCACAGACCCAGAAAAACUGAUCCAGUUUCUUCAGGCAUCCAUCACUGAGAGAAGGAAGAAGGGAUCAUUUUUUAUAUCUCAGGUGGUGCUGACCCCCAAAGCUAGCACCGUGGUCAAAGGGGUGGCCAGUGGUCUCAGAGAAACGAUCACCGAAAGAGCCCUUCCUGCCAUGAUGCAGUGGGUCCGCACGCAGAAGCCAGGAGAGAGUGGCAUCAAUAUUGUCACUGCCGAUUUCGUAGAACUUGGUGAUUUCAUCAGCACUGUCAUAAAGCUCAACUAUGUCUUUGAUGAAGGGGAAGCCAACACUUGAUAGUACCAUUAUAGUGCCAGUGAAUAAGAUAGAGAAAACUCACUGUAUUAGGCAUAUUAUGUAUAAACACUCUGAUCUUCCUAUUCCACUGAGUCUCUGAGGGAAUAAGGGCUGAAAGUGGGUGGGAAAAGGGGGAAACCAUUUCUUCAGUGAUUAUUAUCAUACUCUUCAUUACUAUAAAUAUUUCAUUUCCCAUUUGAUGAGCAAAACCUACUUCUAGUGUUAGGAAUAAAAAAAGACUAGUAAAUUUCAUUUCUCAGAAUUAGUUUUUGUAACUUAUGAGUGUUUACUUGAUUGUGUUUCUGAU